GGAGCAGCGGCUCGGGACGCCGGGCCGCGCCGGCUCCGGCCCGUCUGCGAGAUGCCCUGUGGGGAGGAUUGGCUCAGCCACCCGCUGGGGAUCGUGCAGGGCUUCUUCGCUCAAAAUGGAGUUAAUCCUGGCUGGGAGAAGAAAGUAAUUGAAUAUUUUAAAGAAAAGCUGAAGGAAAAUAAUGCUCCUAAAUGGGUACCAUCAUUGAAUGAAGUUCCCCUUCAUUAUUUGAAACCUAACAGUUUUGUGAAGUUCCGUUGCAUGAUUCAGGAUAUGUUUGACCCUGAAUUUUACAUGGGAGUUUAUGAAACUGUUAACCGAAACACAAAAGCACGUGUUCUUCAUUUUGGAAAAUACAGAGAUGUAGCAGAGUGUGGGCCUCAGCAAGAAGUUGAUUUAAACUCUCCACGAACUACCACUUUGGAAAGACAGACUUUCUAUUGUGUUCCAGUGCCUGGAGAAUCCACGUGGGUAAAAGAAGCCUAUGUUAAUACAAACCAAGCUCGAGUCAGCCCUUCAACGUCCUACACUCCCAGUCGUCAUAAGAGGAGUUAUGAAGAUGAUGAAGAUAUGGACCUACAGCCGAAUAAACAGAAAGAGCAGCAUGCGGGUGCCAGGCAAGCAGGGAGUGUUGGUGGUCUUCAGUGGUGUGGAGAACCAAAACGUUUAGAAACUGAAGCUUCUUCUGGACAACAGCUGAACUCGCUAAACCUCUCUUCUCCUUUUGAUCUGAAUUUUCCACUGCCAGGAGAGAAGGGUCCUGCAUGCCUCGUGAAGGUCUAUGAAGACUGGGAUUGUUUUAAAGUAAAUGAUGUUCUUGAGUUAUAUGGCAUACUAUCUGUGGAUCCCGUGCUAAGUAUACUGAAUAAUGAUGAAAGGGAUGCCUCUUCGCUGCUAGAUCCAAUGGAAUGCACAGACACAGCCGAAGAACAGAGAGUGCGCAGUCCUCCUGCCUCCUUAGUGCCAAGAAUCCAUGUGGUUUUAGCCCAGAAGUUGCAGCACAUCAACCCUUUACUGCCUGCUUGCCUUAACAAGGAGAGCGAAACCUGUAAGUUUGUUUCCAGUUUCAUGUCUGAAUUGUCUCCAGUCAGAGCAGAACUGCUUGGGUUCCUCACUCACGCCCUUUUGGGAGACAGUUUGGCUGCUGAAUAUCUUAUAUUACAUCUCAUUUCUACAGUAUAUACAAGAAGAGAUGUUCUUCCACUAGGAAAAUUUACGGUUAACUUGAGUGGGUGUCCACGGAAUAGUACCUUCACGGAACACUUAUAUCGAAUUAUUCAACAUCUAGUUCCAGCAUCUUUUCAUCUGCAGAUGACUAUAGCGAACAUGAACCACUUGAAAUUCAUUCCCCACAAAGACUACACAGCCAAUCGCUUGGUCAGCGGGCUCCUCCAGCUGCCCAGCAAUACUUCUCUUGUAAUUGAUGAAACUCUCCUGGAACAGGGGCAGCUGGACACGCCAGGUGUUCAUAAUGUGACUGCCCUGAGCAACCUAAUAACUUGGCAGAAGGUGGAUUAUGACUUCAGCUACCACCAGAUGGAAUUCCCCUGCAAUAUUAAUGUUUUUAUUACUUCGGAGGGGAGAUCACUCCUGCCGGCAGACUGCCAGAUCCACUUACAGCCACAGCUAAUUCCACCAAACAUGGAGGAGUACAUGAACAGCCUUCUCUCUGCGGUGCUGCCUUCUGUGCUGAAUAAAUUCCGCAUUUAUCUGACCCUUUUGAGGUUCCUGGAUUAUAGCAUAUCUGAUGAAAUAACCAAGGCAGUUGAAGAUGAUUUUGUGGAGAUGCGCAAGAACGAUCCUCAGAGCAUCACUGCCGAUGAUCUCCACCAGUUGCUCAUUGUAGCUCGGUUUCUGUCUCUCAGUGCUGGUCAGACAACACUGUCAAGAGAACGAUGGCUAAGAGCAAAGCAGCUGGAGUCUUUAAGAAGAACCAGGCUUCAGCAGCAGAAAUGUGUGAAUGGAAAUGAACUUUGAAGGUACUGACAUCCAUGGAAGAGUAAUGGGCGAAUGGUAGCCACAUUGUUGUAAAAUUCAAAUACCAUUUAUAUCACACUGUUUUGUAGAUAAUUUGUAUCAAAAAAAAAAAAAACCGAUGUCUUUUUCUGAAAUCACACCUGGUAACAUCUAAAGUUUAUAUAAUAUUCAGUAAGGGCUUUUUCCUUACUGAUUUUAUGGAGCUUUUGAAGUUUGUUUUAUAAUUAUAUAAAUUAGUAAUGUACAAAAGUGUAUUUGAUAUUAAAAGUUUAAUAUUGAUAAUG